AUGGCAUUUUACUAUGAAUCAGAAGAUCUGAAUUUAAGGAAGAAAUACAAUAACUUGUAGUAUGAUGAAAUAGAAGAGGAAGAUAAAUAAAAUCUCGCAUAUAGUAUUUCAGAAUAAGAAAUGACAAAUAAGCAACAUGAAGAAUAAUUGUAAUUGGAUUUUGAAAUAAUAAUGAAGGAUAUAAAAAAUAUGUGUGUUUAUUUUACAUAAAAAUUCAUUGUGUAAAAUGAAAAUAAUCCUCAAUUACAGAAAUUUCCAUUUAUUAAAGUAAAAAAUAGAGUAUGUCACAUAUUUGAAAAAUACCAAGAAUAAAAUACAUUACUAGAUUCUAUUUUAGAAUAGAUUUGUGUGAGUUUUAUGGAUGUAGUAAAAGUUUAUGUGCUAAAAAAUGUUAAUAAUGUUGGGGUAAGUAGCUGUGAAGAAUUUCACAACAUUUGUGAUACAAUUUAUAUUCUUACAAAAGUGAGAGGAAUAAGAACAAUCAGCAGAUACUGUCCACAUGAAGUCUGCAAUUUGGAACCAGUUGUUAUGUAUUUGUAACAUUGCUCAACAGAUCUUAAUUAGAAUUGGGAAACUAAAUAUGUUAUUCUCAUGUGGUUAAGCAUAAUAGUUUUAGUUCCAUUUGAUUUAAAUUCAAUUGAUUCUUAAAUCUUUAAUGCCAUUUAAGACACUUUCACAUCAAGCAAUACGAUAAUAACAUCAUUGUUAAAUUUGGGAGUCAAUUAUUUAAAAUCAUCCACAAAAUUAAGAAACAUGGGAGCACUAUAUUUGUCUAAAUUAUUCAGUAGAACAGAUAUAUUGAAAUGCAAUCUAUUAGAAUAAUUUUUAAAUUGGAGUGUCAAAUAAAUUCAUGAAUUGCAAGAUAAUAUUCUUAAUACUUUUUAUAUAACAGGAAUCCUGGAAACUUUGGUAGAAAUUCUGAAAGUUGUUCAAAGAGAUGUGUUGAAGAAUAAUUUAUAUAUUUUAUUGCCUUUACUCAACUUGAAAUAAUAAGGUACAUUAAUAAACUUGUUUCUAACCAAAUUAACUUAGAGAAUUGGAUUAGUUUAUUUAAGACCAAGAGUUGUUAGUUGGACAUACAAAAAAGGCACAACAAAUCUAUAAUAAACAUUAACAAUCAUUGAUUAUUCAAGAAUUGUCACCAACUCAUAAAUAUCCAAAACAAACUAAUAAUUACAAUAAUAAUAAUAGUCAAAUAUUUAACUAGAGGAUGUUGAUUAUUUCAUUGAUGUUGAUUAGGAAGGCUUAGAAACUGUUGUAGAUACUUUGUUAUAAUAAAUAAUAAAUAAGGAUACUGUUGUUAGAUGGUCAGCCGCUAAGGGUAUAGGCAGAAUAUGUGCUAGAUUGAAUUUAGAUUAAGCAGAUGAUAUUUUUGAUUCAUUAAUCAACACAUGCUUCACUCCAAUCAAUGGAGACACUGCCUGGCAUGGUGGUUGUCUAGCGUUAGGAGAAUUAUGUAGAAGAGGACUAAUUCUUGAAAAUAAAUUAGAAUCCAUCAUUCCUAUUAUUUGCAAAGCCUUGAUUUUUGAGUAGAAUCAAGGAGGUUAUAGUAUUGGUGUAAAUGUCAGAGAUUCAGCAUGUUUCAUUGCUUGGUCUGCUGCUAGGGCUUAUGAUCCUGAAAUAUUAAAAAAUCAUGUCCUUGCUUUGGCUUAACAUUUAGUAAUUGUUAUGAUUUUCGAUCGAGAAGUAAAUGUUAGAAGAGCAGCAUCAAGUACUUUCUAAGAAUUAGUUGGAAGGUGUCCUAAUAUUAUACCACAUGGUAUAAGCAUAUUAACAGAAGCGGAUUAUUUUUCAUUGGCUAUGAUUCAUAAUGCCUAUUUAAGAAUUGCUCCAUUCGUAGCUUCCUAUCCAGAAUACUUUAAAUAGAUGGUUGAUCAUUUAGCUUUUAUUAAGAUAGCAAGUCAAGAUAAAGAAGUUAGAAAAUUGGCAGCCAAAAGUUUAGGAAGAUUGCUUGUGUUGAAUCCAACCUAUUUCAAGGAGAAUUUGAUUUAUGAAAGCAUUUUAAAAAUGGUUAAAUUACAAUCCCUGAAUUCAAAACAUGGUGCCUUAUUUGCUUUGGGAGAUUUACUUAUUGCAUAAUCAGGAAAUAUCACUAAGAACUCAGAGGAAAAGGAGUUAAAGGAUUCAGUUUUCCUUAGGACAUUAACUAAAAAUGAAAGAUAAUUAGCAAAAGCUGGAGAACACAUAACAAUUUUCAAAUCAUAAUAUGAGUAAUUAUUAUAAGCCGAAAAUAUGAAUUUACUUUCAGAAGAAAUCAUAGAUGAGAUCAUGCAAAUACCAAAAAUAUUAGAGGACUCUUUAAAAGGAAAGAGUGGAGAAUAAAUUAGAAUAGCUGCCUAUAGAUUAAUUGAAUGCAUCUCUAUUUCUAAAUUACCACUUUAAAUAGAUCAACAUGCUUAUUAUUUGAAAUUUAUUGAAGAUGGUUUAAAGAAUCCUUUGGAAGAAAUACAGAUAUCAGCAGCCAAAGCUUUAAGAUUAUUAAGCAAUCAAUAUCAAACAUAAGGUCAAUACUUAAUAGAUGGUAAAGAAUUCUUAAAAAGAGUCAUAAAAUAAUUGCAUCAAAAGUCAACUACUGUUCAAGUACUGAUAUAGGGAGGUUAUGCUUAAAGUGUUGGAUCUUUUUCACCUUAGGUAUUACAUAAUGAAGAUCUAAGUAUAUUGUACACAAUUGGUCUUUCAAAGAAAAGAGCUAAAUUAACAAGUUGGAGUAUUGAUCCAGACACUAGAAAGUUUGCCAUAAAGUCUCUUGGACAAAGCAUUAUUAAUUAAUUGAACAAUAAUUAUAAUUGUGAAGCUCAACUCUUACCUGUUAUUGAUUGCAUACUUUAUGCAAUGUUAGAUUACACAGUGAAUAAAAAAGGAGAUGUAGGGUUAUUCAUUAGAGAAAAUUCAAUAAUUGCUAUUUAAUCAAUUUUAGUUUGUUAUGUAGGUUAUAUUGAAAGAAAUCAUAUAGGAAAUAUUAUCAUAAAUGAAUAAUGUAUUAUCAAAAUUAUUGGGCAAUUAUUAUAGUAAUUAUGUGAAAAGAUUGAUAGAGUCAGAUUACUAGCUGGUAGUGUGUUGUAGGAUUUGUUUAAAUCUGUAUUUCCUAAAUUAUAAAGGUUUGAAAAUUAUGAAUAAAUAUCUACAAUAUUCUCAACUGCUAACUUAUAAGAGACUAUAAUAAAAGAUUAAGAAAGAGUGGAUCAAACCUUCUAAAGUGAAAUUAUUGAGGCUGAAAUUAAAAACCUAAAAGAUGUUCUAUAAACCAUAGGAAAAACAGAUCUAAUUUAUCAUUGGAAUCUACCACAUUGCUGUUAUCGAUUAAUAGUUCCCAUUCUUGCAUAUCCUACAUUUUGUAGAUACAUCCUAACCGGAUUGUGUAUUAGCGUUGGAGGGAUUAGUGAAUCAAUAUAGAAAUUUAGUGAAGAAGCAUUAAUGUAAUAUAUACAUCUGAAUCAAAAUCUUGAUCUUCUAAUGACCAAUUUGAUUGAAAUUCUUAAAUUAUAUGCAUUAGAUGAAAGAGUUGUUAUUCCAUUAUUUAAAACAGCUUCACUUGUUUUACAAAAGGAGGAAAUACAAUCAUUACCUAUAAUUAAAUAGUAAACUGAAAUUCUAUUCCAAUUAAUUUACAAAGAAACUCAUAAAACUCAAUCAAUAAAUAAAUUAUCUGCAAGUGUUCAAUUAAUCAUCGAUAUUUUAUCAGUCAAUCCAGAAUUGUUUCAUCACAUUAUUUAACAUAUCUUUGAAAUAUUAACUAGCGAUUUACCUAAAGUAAGAAAACAAUUGGCAGAAGCAUUUUACUUGUACUUGUUAUCGCAUGAUAAUGAAGAGUUGAUAUCUACGGAUAAUAAUUGUUUAUUAUAGGAUUAUCUAUUAGAAACUGAUUGGCUAUCUGAAGAAUUAGAUAAAAAUAUUGAAGAGUGUAGAAGUUAAUUGAAGCAAUUAUUAAGUUUAUGA